GGCAGGGGGGCGGGGCCGGGCUAUAAGCCUGGGUCCGGAGGCUGCGGUCCCUGCAGAAGGCGUGCGGAGAGUGGGUGGCACCAUCGCGGACUGCAGAGGCGCCUCCGAGUGCUUCCUGUGGCAGCUUGGAAUCAUGGAUCAAGCCAGAUCAGCAAUCUCUAACUUGUUUGGUGGAGAACCGUUGUCGUACACCCGGUUCAGCCUGGCCCGGCAAGUCGAUGGAGAUAACAGUCAUGUGGAGAUGAAAUUGGCUGUAGAUGAAGAAGAAAAUGCUGACAAUAACAUGAAGGCCAAUGUCAGAAAACCCAGGAAGUUUAAUGGGAGACUCUGCUAUGCGGCAAUUGCAAUAGUCAUCUUCUUCUUGAUUGGAUUUAUGGUCGGCUACCUGGGCUAUUGUAAACGUGGAGGACAGAAAGACUGUUUGAGACCGGAGGACGCGGAGACAGACAGUUCUCAAAGCUUCCAGCCAGAAGAAGAGGUUCCUCAGCCUUCGCGUUUGUUUUGGGCAGACCUCAAAAAAAUGUUGUCAGAGAAACUGGACACUAUAGAGUUCACCGACACUAUCAGACAGCUGAGCCAGAAUACAUAUACCCCUCGGGAGGCUGGAUCUCAAAAAGAUGAAAAUCUUGCCUAUUAUAUUGAAAAUCAGUUCCACGACUUUAAACUCAGCAAAGUCUGGCGAGAUGAACAUUAUGUGAAGAUUCAGGUGAAAGGCAGCAUUGCUCAAAACUCCGUGAGCCUAAAUGAAAGUGGUCACUUGAACCUCUUGGAGAAUCCUGAGGGUUAUGUGGCAUACAGUAAAGCUGCAGAAGUGACUGGUAAACUGGUCCAUGCUAAUUUUGGCACUAAAAAAGACUUUGAAGAUUUAAAAUACGCUGUGAAUGGAUCUUUAGUGAUUGUUAGAGCAGGGAAAAUCACUUUUGCAGAAAAGGUUGCAAAUGCCCAAAGCUUUAAUGCAAUUGGUGUUUUGAUAUACAUGGACAGGACUAAAUUCCCCAUUGUUAAGGCAGACGUUCCACUCUUUGGACAUGCUCAUCUAGGAACCGGAGACCCGUACACACCUGGCUUUCCAUCUUUCAAUCACACUCAGUUUCCUCCAUCUCAGUCAUCAGGAUUGCCUACUAUACCUGUUCAGACAAUCUCCAGAGAGACUGCCGAAAAACUAUUUCAGAACAUGGAAGGAAACUGUCCUUCUAAUUGGAACAUAGAUUCUUCAUGUAGGCUGGAAUUGACACAGAACAAAAAUGUGAAGCUCGCUGUGAACAAUGCGCUGAAAGAAACGAGAAUACUUAACAUCUUUGGAGUUAUUAAAGGUUUUGAGGAACCAGACCGUUACAUUGUAGUAGGAGCCCAGAGAGAUGCCUGGGGUCCUGGUGCUGCGAAGUCCAGUGUGGGAACAGGUCUUCUGCUGAGACUUGCUCAAGUAUUCUCAGAUAUGGUCUCAAGAGGGGGUUUUAAGCCCAGCAGAAGCAUAAUCUUUGCCAGCUGGAGUGCAGGAGACUUCGGAGCUGUGGGCGCCACCGAGUGGCUCGAGGGAUACCUUUCGUCUCUACAUUUGAAAGCUUUCACUUACAUUAAUCUGGAUAAAGUUGUCCUUGGUACUAGCAACUUCAAGGUUUCUGCCAGCCCUCUGUUAUAUACCCUUAUUGGGAAGACAAUGCAGGAUGUAAAGCAUCCUAUUAAUGGGAAAUCUCUCUAUCAAGACAGCAAUUGGAUUAACAAAGUUGAGCCGCUCUCCCUUGACAAUGCUGCUCUCCCUUUUCUGGCAUAUUCUGGAAUCCCAGCAGUUUCUUUUUGUUUUUGUGAGGAUGAGGACUAUCCUUAUUUGGGCACUACUUUGGAUACCUAUGAUCAAUUGAUUGCCAAAGUUCCUCAGCUGAACAAAAUGGUUCGUGCAGCAGCUGAAGUGGCUGGUCAGUUCAUUAUUAAACUUACCCAUGAAAUUGAACUGAACCUGGACUAUGAAAUGUAUAACAACAAAAUACUGGCAUUUGUGAAGGAUCUGAACCAGUUCAGAGCAGACAUCAAGGCCAUGGGUCUGAGUCUACAGUGGCUGUAUUCUGCUCGUGGAGACUUUUUCCGUGCUACAUCUAGACUAACGACUGACUUCCACAAUGCUGAGAAAACAAACAGAUUUGUCAUGAGGGAAAUCAAUGACCGUAUUAUGAAAGUGGAAUAUCAUUUCCUGUCUCCCUACGUCUCUCCAAGAGAGUUUCCUUUCCGACACAUCUUCUUUGGCUCUGGCUCUCACACUCUGCCAGCUUUAGUGGAGAACCUGAAGUUGCGUCAGAGAAAUAUUAGUGCUUUUGAUGAAACACUCUUCAGAAACCAGUUGGCCCUAGCUACUUGGACUAUUCAGGGAGUCGCAAAUGCCCUCUCUGGUGACAUUUGGGAUAUUGACAAUGAGUUUUAAAUGUAACAUAAGUAAAAGGGCAGGGUAGUCUGUUUCUAGACUUGUACUGGUUGUGCUAAAUUUUCAUUAGAGCUCAAAUCUAAUGUUAGAAUUCUACCCAAUCUUGAUACUAAAUGUCUUUAGGCAGCAGCUUUUAGUGCAGGGUUGGACCUACACUUCAAGUUCCAGUGGAUAACACUUUCCAUUUAUGAUAGCGUCUCAGAUUAUCUUUAGAAUUUUGAGUCCUUUAUAAUAACUUCCUCUUUGCAUUAUGGUCAUGAAAAUGUCGGAACCAGUUGUAAGAACAUUGCUCUAGUCCUGAGGGCAUCAGCUAGUAUUUUUUGAGGUCUGAGGAAGAGGGAUGCUGAGGGUCAACGGGGUAUCUGGGUGUGAUCCCCAUCUUCAUCUGAUUCUCACUGGGAUUCUCCAGGUGAGCUGUGUGCCCUUAAGGAUUAUCUGGUUUCCAUUUCCUAAAUUAGACAGUUACUUUCAGAAGAGAUGGGUAUGUCUGCCAGGAGGUUGACAUAGGUCCUUCUGCUGAUGAGAGUUUGUCUGCUUACUACAGGAAUAGGCCUUACUGGUUAACCUUACAUUAUUUGUGAUGAGGAAACCAGAAGCCAAAGACUUCACAUUUUCUCUCCUGGCAUCUGCCCAGUAGUGUUUAGUUCUUUGUUUUGUUUUGUUUUGUUUUUUCCUGACAUUUUCUGAAAAAGAACAAGUUUUAGACUCAGUUUGUCAGACUUUAAAGAACACACUGCCAAGUUUUGGCCAAAGUGUUAAGUCUUUGGGAGAAGCUUUCUAUCAUUUUGGCACUGAGAUAUUUAUUGUUUAUUUAUCAGUGACAGAGUUCACUAUAAAUAGUGUUUUUUUUAUAGAAGAUAAUUAUCGGAAGCAGUGCCUUCCAUAAUUAUGACAGUUAUACUGUCGUUUUCUUUUAAUAAAGCAGCAUCUGCUAAUAAGACCCAACAGAUACUGGAAGUUUUGCACUUAUGGUCAGCACUUGCCGAUUUAGGAGAAAGUCACAAGCCAACGGGUUAUUAGACAAGAACUAGAAGAGAAUUGGAUGUAACGAGGGAUUCCUAAUCCAGUCAGACUUUUAACUGUCCAGAAAAAAGAUAGUUCUCCUAGGUGCAGUGAGUUGUGGCCAAGUUAAAAGAUAAAUGCCAUUUGAAGGCUGUGGUAGUACUUACAUAUGCAGAAUUUUACAGCUCAGUUAUUCAAGAUGUAACUCAAACUCAAUUUUGCAAAAUUUCCAGUACCUUUGUCACAAACUUAACUCACAUUAUCGGGAGCAGUGUCUUCCAUAAUGUAUAAAGAACAAGGUAGUUUUUGCCUACCACAGUGUCUAUAUCGGAGACAGUGAUCUCCAUAUGUUACACUAAGGGUGUACAUAAUUAUCGGGAACAGUGUUUCCCAUAAUUUUCUUCAUGCAAUGACAUCUUCAAAGCUUGAAGAUCGUUAGUAUCUAACAUGAAUUCCCAACUUCUCGUAACUCCUUAGCUUUAGUUGCAGAAACGUCAUUAAGCAUUUGGUGGGUAUAUUCAACUGCUGGACAACAAAAUCAUUUCCAAGAUCCUUUUUCCCCCCAAUUUAAUGUGGGUGUUUUGUUAUCUCUGGUUUCUCAAGAUUUUCUGUUUAUGGAAUAGAAGCAUACAUUUGUAAUGUAUGCUGGUGAUAAAUGAGUUGAACUAUCUCCCUUUAUCUGCAUGUUAUUUCCUAAAUGUAGUUCAAGCAGGUUUGAAUCCAUUGUUGGCUUAAAGUAAGGGGAUUUUGGAAGGUAGAGAGUAGGAAGUAAAGGGUGUUGGGAAACAAAGCUUGCAAAGGAUCUUGAUGUACUGCUCAUCGCUAUGGUAGCUAUAAAUGUUGCUUAUAUGAACAAGAUUUAAGAUCACGCUAGCAAGGACUAGUUAGCCAUCUGCACCUAAUCAGUUUUGUCAUGGGGCAGUUCAAAGCUGCCACAUAAGACUCACUAGGUAGGGUCUCAAGGUUCUCGGCACCACUCACCCAAGUUACACAACCAGGCUAUUUUACAGCCUCACUGAGUUAACCUCCUUCAUCUUCACAGUGUUUUUCUGUACCAAUAUUUGAGUAUCAUCAUAUAUAACCUUAUUGGUAUUUGAAGGCACAUGAAUAAAGGGCAUGGGUUUUGCCAUAAGUCUCAUUAAUAAAAAUAGCCUUUACCAUGAUAAGGGCUGUUUUCUAAUCAAAGCAGUAAGUUGGUAAGAGGUUUAAUAUUCUUGGGUAAAAUGUGUAUCUGAUGAGUAAUAACCUGUUACUCAUCAGAUUAUUUCUGGUUAAAAAGUAGAAUUUGAAAAGAAUAGAGUGAGCUGUUGUCAUGAUUCACGGCUUUAGGGUUUGCAUGACCUUUACUGUGGUAGCUUUUGAAUGUCCUUUGACGUUGGGACUUGCCAACCUCCGCUCAACUGUCUGUAGACAUGCCCUUAGAAGUGGAUAAGCCGGUAUGUAACAAUGUGGAGAUUCCUUACCUGACUUAAUAAAAUGCUUGGAUCUACUGAA